UCAGCCACCAACUUCUCUUCACUUACACCACCACUACACCGUUACAAUGUCUUCCACCGCCGCCGUAACGUCCUCGGCCAAACUCGCCGUGAAUCCUCUCAGAAUCUCUUCCCUCUCCUCCAGAUCGGUUCUUCCAUCCGCCAUUUCCGUUCGCAAUCGACGCGAUAUUCCACAUAAACGUCUUAUCCUCGUGACGUGCACUACCACCGGAGACGGCGCGAAACCAACCGUUCUCGUGGCGGAGAAGCUCGGCGAGGCUGGGGUUCAGCUACUUGAGAAGUUCGCAAACGUUGAUUGUUCGUAUAAUUUAACCCCUGAGGAGCUAAACACGAAGAUCUCGCUCUGUGAUGCGUUGAUUGUGAGGAGUGCGACGAAGGUAGGUCGUGAGGUUUUUGAAUCGUCUCGUGGUAGGCUUAAGGUUGUUGGUAGAGCUGGUGUUGGGAUUGAUAACGUGGAUCUGAGUGCUGCGACUGAGUUUGGUUGUUUGGUUGUUAAUGCGCCUACUGCGAAUACGAUCGCUGCUGCUGAACAUGGGAUCGCGCUUUUGGCUGCCAUGGCUAGAAAUGUUUCUCAAGCUGAUGCUUCUGUUAAAGCUGGAGAGUGGAAGAGGAACAAGUAUGUUGGUGUGUCACUUGUGGGGAAGACACUAGCUGUGAUGGGAUUUGGUAAAGUUGGAUCAGAAGUUGCAAGACGUGCUAAGGGACUUGGUAUGCGUGUUAUUGCUCAUGAUCCUUAUGCUCCUGCGGAUCGUGCUCAUGCCAUUGGUGUGGAUUUAGUGAGCUUUGAUGAAGCGCUAUCUACUGCUGAUUUUAUUUCGUUACACAUGCCUCUGACACCUGCUACGUCGAAGAUGCUUAAUGAUGAAACGUUUGCUAAGAUGAAGAAAGGAGUGAGGAUUGUUAAUGUGGCUCGUGGUGGUGUUAUUGAUGAAGAUGCAUUGGUGAGAGCUUUGGAUGCUGGUAUUGUUGCUCAGGCUGCUCUUGAUGUUUUUACCAAAGAGCCUCCGGCUAAAGAUAGUAAGUUGGUGCAGCAUGAGAGGGUUACGGUUACACCUCAUCUUGGAGCAAGUACCAUGGAGGCUCAGGAAGGAGUAGCUCUUGAGAUUGCAGAAGCUGUUGUUGGAGCUCUUAACGGAGAGCUUGCUUCUACUGCUGUCAAUGCACCUAUGGUUUCUGCUGAGGUUCUCGCAGAGUUGAAACCAUAUGUGGUUCUGGCAGAGCAAUUAGGGAGACUAGCUGUCCAAUUGGUGGCUGGAGGAAGCGGUGUGAAGAAUGUGAAAGUGACCUACGCCUCCGCUCGAGCCACUGAUGAUCUUGACACUAGACUUCUCAGAGCCAUGAUAACAAAGGGUAUCAUUGAGCCAAUCUCUGAUGUGUAUGUAAACCUGGUUAAUGCAGAUUACACAGCAAAACAGAGAGGGCUGAGAAUCUCAGAAGAACGAGUCCUCCUUGACGGUUCACCAGAGAGCCCACUCGAUACCAUCACGGUUCAGCUAUGCAACGUCGAGUCUAAAUUCGCGAGCGCCUUAUCUGAAUCUGGAGAAGUCAAAGUUGAAGGGAGAGUUAAAGAUGGAGUCCCCCAUUUAACAAAGGUGGGAUCUUUUGAAGUAGAUGUGAGUCUUGAAGGAAGUAUAAUACUGUGUCGGCAAGUAGAUCAGCCGGGAAUGAUCGGAACUGUCGGAAGCAUCUUGGGAGAGUCGAAUGUUAAUGUAAGUUUCAUGAGUGUUGGGAGAAUCGCGCCAAGGAAGCAAGCGGUUAUGGCUAUUGGUGUUGAUGACAUGCCGAGCAAAGAGACUUUGAAGAAAAUUGGAGAGAUUCCAGCCGUAGAGGAGUUUGUCUUCCUCAAGCUAUAGUUUUGCUACCAAAAACUCGGUGAGGAUUCGAUAAAAAGAAUGGCUUUGGCUUUAUUUGUUUUGGUCUUUUCUACCACAGUUUUGAUAGUGUCGAAGUAGCUUAAGAGAGAGUACGACUUGGUUGAGAUGAAAUAAUAAGGUCUGCCUCAGAAUUUGACCUUUGAGGCUAUUCAAGUUUCUGUUUUAUUAUUAUUGCUUCACUUACAUAGUUUGUUCUAUUUUACCAUCUUUAUGCAAUUCUAAUUUCGUGUCU